CACCCUCUCACCUCUUCCUACUUCAGCUCUGGACUAGUAAGAGCCCCAGAUCAUCGUCCCCACCCAGACUGUCUUUCUUUUGUCCCUCGCGGCUAUCCCGCAGCUUUUGUAUUACGAGUAUUCCGAGUCCCCUUACGAGUAUCACCUUACAUCCCAGAAGAAUGGCUGACUCCUCCAGCUCCAGUUCCGGCAUUGGCCGCCAAGACGCUUCUUCAGGAACCAAUCCCACGCCCACCAACAACGAGGACGAGAAUCCUCUCGAGCCCAAGGCAGUUCUUCGCACCCUCGUCGAAUGCCUUCCUCCUCAAACGGCAGGAGGGCAGCCUACGUUCAAGUCUCCUGCUGACCUUUCGGUCGCAUUGUUUCAUGCGGCUAUGACGCGGUAUGGGUUUAGGUUUAUUGGCGUGGGCGAGGAGCGUAAAGACCACGAGGACUACCCCGACAGCGAGCAACCCAGCGGCUCGACCGCCCGCCGCCUCCCCCCAGACUGGAACGCCUCAGGCGACAUGUUUUCCUUCCGCUACAAGCACUCGCAGUCCUCCCUCACCUUCCUCCUCAAAUGCGUAAAAGUCGGCAAGAACAAACUGAUUGUGCACGGCAUGGCUAUUGAGGAUGAGAAGCUGCAUACGAUCGAGUUGGCGCCGUCGACGUUCACUGCGGCGAAUAUCACGUUCCCAUUUGAUGCGAGUGCGGGAGGGAGCAGUGGGAGUGAGGAUGCCAUUGGGAGGGCGUUUGCGUCGGAAGAGCAGCUGAACGCCGUGUUGAGAGAGUUCAGGGUUGGGAUCAUGCAAAAGUUGAUUCCGGGAUUGAACAAACCGGGCUACGAAGCUCCUUCCACAACCGCGAGUAGCUCCUCGUCGCAGACCACCGACCACAUCGCCAACCGCCCACGUCCGCCUUACGUCCACCCCAUCGCCGGCGAACCAUACCCCGGCAGCGGUGAAGAACCCCACAGAGGUCCAACAUACCCACCGUUCCGCAACCCGCACGCAAUCGGCGACGUCGACCUCGACCCCUUCGCCAACUCCGGCCUCCCGCGCCCGCCCUUCGGCGGCGCAGGCCUAGGCCGUGGCGGCGGCAUGUUCGUUGGACCGGACGACCCCAUGUUUGCCGGGCGGUUUCCGGAACACGGCGGUGGAGGUAUACCAGCGGGACCUGGAGGCGCGACGCUGCCGCCGGGUGCGGUACCGCCGGGCGCGAGAUUUGAUCCAAUUGUCCCGCCGGGCAUUCCGGGGUUGCCCGGGAGGCCGCAGUUCCCUUCUUCGAGGGGAGGGUUUGGGGGUGGCAGAGGGGGUGGGGGUGGGUUUGGAGGUGGUGGUGGGUUUGGUGGGCUCGGAAGUGGAGAUCCCGAUAAUGACGAGCUGCCGCCGCCAGGAUAUAACGACAUGUUCAUGUGAUCAUGCCACCCAUGUCGCCGACGGGCCAACUACCAUACCAAGGUCAUGCUCCUCUUUGCCGCGCGCCCUUAGCUUCAUGUGAUAUACGCGACGCAUACCCAGCGGCGAGCGUAGCAACGUCCGGGCAGAUGUAGCUUUUGAUACCCUUGGUCCGAUCCACAAUCAUUCUGUCAGUGUUAUUGUUUCUUAUGUUAGCUACGUAGUUUUGGCUGUAAUCUGUAUCUGUUUUUUUUUCUGUCCAUUGAUGUGAGCACUGUGCGGCUUUGGGGAUGUCGUUCAUGAGUGUUCUGUGCCAUGUACUGUACGCUUUCUGUGAGCGUUUGUGGCCCUCAGUUUGGCUGGGAUCGAGAGAUCGAGCGAGAGAAGGACGC